AUGUCAGUUUUUCUAUUAGAAGAAGUUUUGAUACCUACUCUUGAGUUCCUCGAAGACGACAUUCAAUCUUUACAUUCGUGCUUAUUAGUUAAUCGUUUUUGGUGUCGUUGUGCAGUCCCCAUUUUAUGGCGUUGUCCAUUUGAAGAUCUUUGGUCUGGAUCGCAUUUCAAACUUAUUAAUAGCUAUCUGGAGUGCCUGGAUGAGUCCUCAAAGGAUUUGUUAAGAGAAUUUUUUUGUGGUAUAUUUCCUACAUCAACUUUGGACACACAGCCUGCUUUUGACUAUAUAAAAUUUUUACAAAAACUUGAUUACCAAGCAUUGCACCAAGCUAUCGAAUCUUGGUGUAAAUACCAAGGUAUUGAUACAUACCAAGGUAUUGAUACCCAUGUUAUUACUCAAGAUUUAGAACCUGAUAUGGUGCUUUAUCCGACCAGCAUAAUCUUGGAUCUUUUAAUCGACCUAAUUGUGGAGCAGUCGAUAAACCUUUCAAAACUCUCCAUGUCUGUCGUCUCCCAUCGUGAAGGCGAAUAUCUUGAUUUAUAUCGAUACGAAGAGUUUGCUGAUACAUUCUUGCCAAAGUUGCAGUUUUUGGAUUGUGAUGAUUGCAUUCCAAGAAACUUGUCAUUCGCCUCACGGAUUGCUACAAACUUAAACAAAUUAAACAUUGAAUGUUCUUGGGGUAAUGAUGUGGAAAUAUUUUUACUCCUUCAGUCACAAAAAAAAUUGAAACAUUUGACAGUCAUUAAAAGAUGGCCACACUUAGAUAAAGAUGCAUUAGAGAAAAAAUUUUUAUCUAAUUCGCUCACUAGAGUAGACUUCAUAAAUAACAGAAACCCGAUCGAUAAUGGAGGUCCUUUAUGUGUGCUAUCUGUAUGCAAAAAUCUGGAAAUAUUACGAUUCGACAAUUGGAUGCCUUUCCGCAAAGAUGAUCUUCUCACAUUGGCGGCAGCAUCCUUUCCACAUUUAAGGAAAUUGGUAUUUACUCGAUGCAAGCCGCCACCAAUCGCUUUAGCAACGAUGAUUACAACAAACGGACUCAGUUUACGAGAAUUCAUAUUGACUUGGCAAUGUAACGAGGGAGUUGGAAAACGAUCAAAUCCGCGACAUACAAAAGUUAUACAGGCGAUUGCUUACAAUUGUCCUAACCUUACAUAUCUUGAUGUUCCGAUAGAAAGCGAAGACUUGGAGGAACUUUACCAGCUCUUGUGUAAUUGUACAAAGCUUGUGAGCUUGACGAUUAACACGUCUGCUAAUGAUAAUAAAGAAGAUUUUUAUUAUCCUGUUGACCAUUUCCUGCCAGCGAUGGGCUUUGUUAUUCCACAGACGUUAAGUCGAUUAAAGAUCUUUGCACCUUGGAAAUUUUCAGCCGAGUCUUUACGGAAAUUCUUGUUGGAAACAUGUAAAGCUCAAAUUAAGUGCAUGGGAUUAUACAGAUGGAUAAACGAUGAACAUCUUGCGGUUGUUACGCGAUACGCGAAAGAACGAAAAUGUUUAAGAGUUUUGAUUUUGCAUUGGUGUGAAACAACAUAUCCAAUAAGACAAAAAGCAAGAGAGGCUAUUGUUGAUUUACAAGUUUUCGAUCCGAUUGGUCGCCGAUUAGAGUAA